CCGGCCAGGAAGGUAUCCAUCUGGUGUGUGUGUGUAUAUCUCCUUGGGAAGUGCCAUCCACGGAUUGUGUUGAAUUGUGUUGAGAAAGUAUCCAGUGAUCCGAGUGGAGCAGCAGCAGGCCCAUAGAGGAGAUCAAUAGCCAUGUCUUCCAGCUCAGCGAUGGUGCGGAUCCUUAUAAAGGGUGGCAAAGUGGUGAAUGAUGACUGUACCCAGGAGGCUGACGUUUACAUCGAGAACGGCAUCGUCCAGCAGGUGGGGAAGGAGCUGAUGAUCCCAGGUGGGGCUAAAGUGAUUGAUGCCUCAGGGAAACUGGUGCUUCCUGGGGGCAUCGACACUAGUGUCCACCUGGAGGAGAGCUUCAUGAAUGCCACCACAGUAGAUGACUUCUACAGCGGUACCAAGGCUGCUUUGGCUGGUGGCACCACCAUGGUGAUCGGACAUGUUCUCCCUGAGAGGAACGAAUCUUUGCUGGAAGCCUACGAAAAGUGCCGCAACUCAGCCGACUCCAAGGCCUGCUGUGAUUACGCUCUGCACAUUGGAGUUACUUGGUGGGGACCCAAGGUUCGAGCUGAGAUGGAGAAGCUGGUAAGAGACAAAGGAGUGAACUCCUUUCAGAUGUUCAUGGCGUAUAAGGACAUGUUCAUGCUGCGGGACAGUGAACUCUUCCAGGUCCUGCAGCACUGUAAGGACAUUGGAGCCAUAGCGAGGGUCCAUGCUGAGAAUGGGGAACUUGUGUCAGAGGGUGCCAAGGAGGCAUUGGAUCUUGGCAUUAGUGGCCCAGAAGGUAUUGAAAUCAGCAGGCCUGAAGAGUUGGAAGCAGAAGCAACCCACAGGGCGAUUACCAUCGCCAACAGGGCCCACUGCCCAAUUUAUCUUGUGAAUGUCUCCAGUAUGUCUGCUGGAGAUGUAGUGGCUACAGCCAAGAUGCAAGGUAAGGUGGUCCACGGAGAAACAACAACUGCCCACACUGUCCUGAACGGUAUGCAGUACUAUCAUCAGGACUGGUCUCAUGCAGCUGCCCAUGUGACUGUGCCUCCUCUCCGCCUGGACCCCAAUACUCCAAAUUUUCUAAUGAGCCUGCUUGGAAACGACACUCUAAAUGUUGUGGGGUCUGACCAUCGUCCAUUCACCGUCAAACAGAAGGCCAUGGGCAAGGAUGAUUUCACAAAGAUCCCUCAUGGGCUUCCUGGCAUUCAGGACCGUAUGAGCGUCAUCUGGGAGAAAGGGGUGAUUGGAGGUAAAAUGGAUGAGAAUCGCUUUGUAGCAGUCACAAGCUCAAAUGCAGCCAAGAUCUACAACCUCUACCCGAGAAAAGGCAGGAUCAUCCCAGGAGCAGAUGCUGAUGUGGUGGUCUGGGACCCAGAGGGAUCCAAGGUCAUUUCUGUUGAAAACCAGGUGCAGGGAGGUGAUAUUAACCCGUAUGAAGGUCUGCGCUGCCACGGUGUACCGAUUGUCACCAUCAGCCGUGGACGUCUGGUCUACGAAAAUGGCAUGUUCACGUGCGCCGAGGGCUCCGGAAAGUUUUGCCCACUGAGGACUUUCCCGGAUUAUCUCUACAAGAAGAUGGUUCAGAGAGAAAAGUGCCAGGCGGUGAAAGCUGUGGAGCGGGAACCCUACACAGGUGAAGUUGUUGCCGUGGCAAAUUCUGGAAAAAGAGACACCGGCUCUUCAGAUCUGGACACUCCAACACGCCCCUGCACCCGGCAUGGGGGCAUGAGGGACCUCCAUGAGUCCAGCUUCAGCCUGUCUGGUGCUCAAAUCGAUGACAACAUUCCAAAGAGAUCCUCAGCGAGGAUCCUUGCUCCUCCUGGUGGAAGAUCCAGCGGGAUCUGGUAACCAGUCAGAAUGCUGCUACGUAAAGCAGAAGAAUGAUAUUCGAGGAAAAUGUAUGGCCAAGCAAGAAGACUUGUUUUUACUUUAGAACAUGUGUGGAGUAACGGAGUCAUGUUUUCAUUUUGAACUCAGUGCUGUUAUUUAGAAUUGUAAAAUUGUAUGACGUGGCUGUAAUUAUACUGCAAUACGGCCAGGGAAAAAUGUUUGCUACCAAAUUCCAGUGAAAUGUUAACCAAAUAUAAGCAGCAGAUAUAAAUUGAGUUGCAGUUGAGUUACUUUGGUUAUUGGAUUCUGGUAGGGGAAAAUGUUGAGUCUUAUUAACAGUUUUAGAAAUAUGAAGGUGAGUCAAGGUUUUUAUGAUGCGAUUGUGUUACCUCACUGUAAAAUACGAUUUUGCACUUGUAUCAUGUACUAUUUAGAUGCCUUUUUACAUGAUUUCAUGUCACAAGUGUCACAAAAUGUCUUUUUACUCAGAGCCACGAUGAAUGAAAUGUGACAAAUUCCUACAAGGAUGUCGACGUGACAUUAAAAAAUGUCAGUUGUGAAAGGAAGAGUUGCUACUGAUCAAAUGAUGAGGAAUAUCAUAAUUCAAGCUUACUGUUUUUUGUUAUCAUUUUUUUAUAUUGCAUUAUUUGUUAUGUUCUUUUGAUGCUACUAUGUUGGAAUGAUUACACAAAUAAGAACAUGAAGUCUUUGCUCACUGGUUCAUCAGGUUCAACAGCCUUAUAGCAGAAUAGACUUCUGUUCCACCUCCACCAAAUGUGAAUGAAGCUAUGCUGUGAGUACUGUGCAUGUUAGCAUAGUUAGAAGAACUUUAACAAGCACUGAUACUAAACAUGUUAGCAUCUUUUCUGAUCAUAUUUAUUUCCACAGAGAGCAAACAGUCUCACCCAAAUGGCCUUUUUCUCACCUGAGAACACAUCAUCCUGUACCACUGGUGCACUUUUAACAACUUAACAACUUUGGUUCACUGUGGUCAGGGUGUUAUCGGUCAUCUGACUGACACAUCUAAUGUAGCACACCACUGUGAAGCACAUACAGUGCUCAACAAACCUAUUAGACCACCACACAGUGUGAGUUACCACGGCUGCCCCAAAUUAACUCCUGAAUUUUCAAAUGUACUUUUACAAAAAAAGAGAUGAAAUAGUUAAACACAUGAUCAUUUUUUGAUUCAGAUGCCAAAUUACAGCUAUUUACUUACAUUCCUCAGUAGAAACAUUUAUUUUAGUGGUUGAAUGUUGUGCUUGAAUAAUUUCUGACCCAAAUUUGUGCCUGCUCAAAAUUUGGGUAUAAAAAAGUAUAUUUUACUUGCCUAACAAACAAUAUAAUUU